CGGGCCCCGGACGCGCAGCUGCUCUCCACCACUUCUCGUCAGCUACGGGAUCCAUAUGCCUGUCAAAGCGCGGCUUAACAAAGCGAUGGGAACUUCAGCUGACGCGCUGCUAAGAGUCUGAAACACACCAGCAACUGGACGCGUUUGAACGGAGCCGUAGGAAUCGUUGACGUUUCGCGGCGGCGGAAAGCCUGUCAACUCCGGAAAAAGCAGCGAUGGACCCGAGAGACACAGCCCCGGAUUCGUGGGAGCUGGAGGAGGAUGCCGAGGCCCCGGCUGCCGCGGCGGACCUCCCCACCUCCUUCGCAGCCCUCAACGUCAACGCCAAGCCGUUUGUCCCCAAUGUCAACGCCCCGGUGUUUGUCCCGAGCUUCCUUCAGAGCAGCCCCGUGGAAAUGCCGGCUUCAGACGGUACCCCUGAUCCAAUUGCCAGCAUGGAGGUGGCAGAAACAGUCGCUCCGGUGGAGAACGGAGGCACAGAGGCAGACAUGACCACGGAGGAAGAGACGUGGGAGCAGAAGGAGGAGCCGGGGGGAGGAGAAGGAGGCGGAGGACAGGAUGACCUGGGGAUGGGAGGAGCCGGCGAGGACGGGGGCGCUGCGAGAAAAGAGGACGAGGAGAUGAUGGAGGAGGAGGAGGAGGAGAUUCCCACGCCCAAGGUGGCUCCGGCGCCGCCGGACGCCCCCAAGAAAGAGCACGUGAACGUGGUCUUCAUCGGUCACGUGGACGCCGGCAAGUCAACGAUCGGAGGGCAGAUCAUGUACUUAACUGGAAUGGUGGAAAAGCGAACCCUGGAAAAAUAUGAAAGAGAGGCGAAAGAAAAGAACAGGGAGACAUGGUACCUGUCGUGGGCUCUGGACACGAACCAGGAGGAGAGAGACAAGGGGAAGACGGUGGAGGUGGGAAGAGCUUACUUCGAGACGGAGAAAAAACACUUCACCAUCCUGGACGCCCCUGGACACAAGAGCUUCGUCCCCAACAUGAUCGGUGGGGCAUCACAAGCGGACCUGGCAGUCCUGGUCAUUUCCGCAAGAAAGGGAGAAUUCGAGACCGGAUUUGAGAAGGGAGGACAGACGCGGGAACACGCCAUGCUGGCUAAGACGGCAGGAGUUAAACAUCUCAUUGUCCUGAUCAACAAGAUGGAUGACCCCACUGUAAACUGGAGCCUAGAGAGGUAUGAGGAGUGUAAGGAGAAGCUGGUGCCUUUUCUAAAGAAGGUGGGCUUCAACCCUAAGAAGGACAUCCACUUUAUGCCUUGCUCUGGACUCACAGGUGCCAACCUCAAGGACCCUGUACCUGAAUGCCCCUGGUACACGGGUAUGCCAUUUAUUUCCCACCUGGACAGUUUGCCAAACUUCACCAGAUCCAACGACGGACCGGUCAGACUACCCAUCGUAGACAAAUACAAGGAUAUGGGUACAGUUAUCCUGGGGAAGCUGGAGUCUGGAUGCAUCAGUAAGGCCCAGCAGCUGGUCAUGAUGCCAAACAGGCACACGGUGGAGGUGUUGAGCCUGCUGAGCGACGACGUGGAGACGGACGACGCGUGUCCCGGCGAGAACCUCAAGCUCAGGCUGAAGGGAAUAGAGGAGGAAGAAAUCCUCCCCGGUUUUAUCCUUUGCAGCCCCGACAACCUAUGCCACUCCGGUCGCACCUUUGACGCGCAGAUCGUCAUCAUUGAGCACAAGUCAAUCAUUUGUCCUGGUUAUAAUGCAGUCCUCCACAUCCACACCUGCAUCGAAGAAGUGCAAAUCACAGCCUUAAUCUGUCUGGUGGACAAGAAGUCGGGGGAGAAGAGCAAAACGCGACCACGCUUCGUCAAACAGGACCAGGUUUGCAUCGCGAGGCUCCGGGCAGCCGGAGUCAUCUGCUUAGAGACGUUCAAAGACUUCCCUCAGAUGGGUCGAUUCACGCUGAGAGACGAAGGCAAAACUAUCGCCAUCGGCAAAGUGCUGAAGCUGGUGCCAGAAAAGGACUAAAUGCAACAAGGGCAGCAUGCAUGGAGUUCUUCCACUCGUUACCAGAGGAGAAACGCUGCUAGAGCCGACCCAAACAGCUACUCUCUCUUUACACACAACUAUGCUGAAGAGAAGGAACGACGACGACGACGACAAGGAGGGUAAAGGAGACUAAAAUCACAUCCAAUGAAGAAAACAAGACUGAAUCAGUUUUUAUGAUGAACAAUAUACAAUGAGAGACCAAGUCCAGUGUGUCAGCUUUCUCAUAUUGAGAGCUCAGCUAUGCCACUAAAUGUAGCCACAUGUCCCCCCCCUUCUGUACUCCCCGGGCUAACCGCGCCACCGGCUGGCCACGCCAUUUAUUUUUAGAAUGGAGAUGGAUGCAGUGUAACUGAGUUUGGGGAAGAAAAAAGAAACUAAAACUACAGAAUGAUUUCAUAUCCUGCAAAAGAGCAGAGUUAGCCUGUAAUUAUAAUUUGCAUCUCCCUUUGAAGAGUGGGAUUAGGAAUCCGGCGGACAUUUGAUUUGGUUUUAAGGUUUGCUGUAUGGAAAUGUUUUGGUUUGGUCUCUCUCCACGUGAGAUGGCUUUAUGGGAUUGAGCUCACAUACUACUCUGAUGAACCAAGGAUAAACACACAGACAGACACAGACAGCUGUUACAUAAUCUAAAGUGAAAAUAAAUGAUCAAGCUGUAA